GGGGGGGGCGAUGGAGUUGCUUUUGUGUGGGGUUCUGGAUGUCAGUUUCCUCUCCGGGGAAGGUGUCAACCUGCAGACAGGCCAGCCUUAGCAGUGGCUGUGGCCAGCUGCAGGCACCUUGGCUUCUGCCCAGUGCUCCUCCUGGCGCUGCUGCUCGGGAUUCAGACGCUAUCGGGCGCCCUUGCAGCAACGUCGCUGGUAUAGUCGCUUCCUUCUCCACUGUGCAUAGCUCCUUCCUGUUAGAAAGCUCUGGGGUGUGAAUAGACACCCUCCCCGAGAGACGCAAGUUACACUGUCCGAAGAGCUUGUGUGCGUGACACUGUUUUGGCAGGAGAGCUUCUCCCGCCAACACAGCUUUUUGUGCAGAUGGUUUUAUUAUGCUGAUGGGAGAGCGCUCUCCUGUCUCCGGAGAGUAUCUUCACCAGAUGUGCGGCGUUGGUACAGUAUGCCAUUGGCUUGGUAAGAGAAAAUGAGUUCUGCAGGGAAGAGAAGAGGAAGGCCGAAUAGAGGCGGAGGAAGAAGACCAGGGCGAGGCAGAGGCGGAGGAGGCGGCAGCGGCCGAGGCAGAGGGCAGUGUAACAAAUCUCAUGGUGGUGGAAAUAGGAAGGGAGCAAGCAAAAUCUGGGAUGACGAGGACGACUUUUGCUUUGUUGAGGAACCGCCAGUUGUAUCCAGAUCAAGCUGCGCUAUCCAAAGAGGAGGGCAAGCCAAAUCGAAACCUGAAACAAGGAUGCCUUUGCAGACCAUACAUAUGACGUCCGAGAAUCAGCAAAGGGUGAAAGAACUCCUCCGAGAACUCCAGAAACAAGAGCUGUCUGCUAGUUCAGAAAUGGCUGCAUCAGGUGACGACGACGACGAUGAAUCUGAUUAUCUUGAUGACGAGCAGUGCUGGUCAGCAGACCAAGAGACUUCUGAAGUGACGACAAGGGUGGUUUCUGAACCAGCUGAACAUAAAAUGGUGGAAAGUGAAGUGUCUUCAUUUGCUGUGCAUAAACUUUCCAGGUAUGGCUUUGAUAGCGAGCGCUGUCGGGCGAUGCUGAGGUCCUGCAAUGGUAACAUUGGCGCCUCGCUGGAACACUUGCUGUCGCAGUGCUUCUCCGAAAGAUAUGGAGAGAGGAUGCAAAUCGCAGAGGCAGCCAGUCAGGCCAGUAUAGAAGAAUGCUUGGAGCAGAGGCAAGAGGAGGCUUUUGCUCUCCGUUCCAUCUACGGAGAAAAAUUUGUGGAAAGAAUUAAAAACAGAGUUUGGACAAUUGGAUUGGAACUGGAGCACUUGACAAAUAAACUCAGCAAAACCAAACAAAAGGCGAGUGCUGCCAAAGAUGUGGCAAACCAGACUUCAAAUAAAGUCUGUACAUUUUACCUUCAAGGGACCUGCAGGUUUGGCUCAAGAUGCAAGUUCCAACAUGAAACGCCUUCUAAGCACCUGCCAAGAACAUUCCAGAAUUCUGUGGAAGAUGCUCACCUCCGAUCGAAUGGAGACACCUCGCCUUUGUACGAACUUGAAAUUAGAUUCCCAGAGGGUAACAAAUACCCCUAUCAGGCACCCAUUGUGGCAUUUUAUUCCACCAAUGAGAACCUACCUCUGGCUUGUCGCUUGCACAUCGCUGAGUUCCUCUAUGGAAAGGCCUUGAUGUCUGCAGAGUCUAAUGAACCUGUCAUGUAUUCUUUAAUAACCGGUUUGGAGGAUGAAUCGGAAAUAGCCGAGUUACUUACUAACACUAACCACAAGUAUAGCACUUCUCCUGUGUCCCUCCUGACUGUGCCCUCAACAAGAUCCCAUACCGAGAGUCCUAAACAAGUGUUUCCAGAUAGUACUCCUGUUUCAAAUUGCAUGUCAGAAGUCACAAAAGAGUUGGAGGCUGAGGAAGAAGAGGAGCCUGAAAAAGUUAUUGUGGAGAACGAGAGCUACGUGAACCUGAAGAAGAAGCUUUCCAGAAAGUUUGAUGUGCAGGCAAAGUCCGUGUAUAAUGAAAAUGUUAAAAUCUGCAAGCAGUUCCGGGUAAAACAGUCUUCCAGGCAAUUCCAGGCCAUGCUGCAAGAAAGACAGAAGCUUCCUGCAUGGGAAGAAAGAGAAACCAUUCUUGAUUUGCUGACUCAACACCAAGUGCUUGUUGUGAGUGGCAUGACUGGAUGUGGGAAAACCACUCAGAUUCCUCAGUUCAUUCUAGACUCUUCACUGACAGGCCCUCCCAAUAGGGUAGCCAAUAUCAUAUGCACUCAGCCUCGCAGGAUUUCUGCCAUUUCUGUAGCUGAACGCGUAGCCAAGGAGAGAACAGAAAGAGUGGGGAUCACCGUGGGAUACCAGAUCCGCUUAGAAAGUGUAAAGUCACUAGCUACCAGACUGUUGUACUGCACUACUGGAGUGCUGCUGAGAAGGCUAGAAGGAGACAUGACUUUACAGGGAAUCACCCAUGUCAUUGUUGAUGAAGUUCACGAAAGGACGGAAGAGAGUGACUUCUUGCUGCUGGUUCUGAAGGAUAUUAUGUCUCAGAGGCCAGACCUGCGUAUUAUACUAAUGAGUGCCACCUUGAAUGCAGAGCUUUUCUCUCAGUACUUUAACUCCUGUCCAGUUAUUAACAUCCCAGGUCGGACGUUCCCCGUGGAUCAGUUUUUUCUGGAAGAUGUGAUUGAAGUGACAAGGUAUGUCAUAGGGGACGGUAAUCCCUACAUGAACACAAAGCGACAGGCCGAUGAUAAACUUAAAGCAAGACGCGAGAGAACGGCAUUAGAAGAAGUAGAGGCAAGUCUACGAGGUACUUACCUCCGGGAGGAAGACAAGGCUGCGAAGGAUUCAGUCCCAGACCAGCAACUGACUUUUAAACAGCUCCUGAUACGAUACAAAGGGGUCAGUAAGUCAGUGUUGCAAACGAUGGCGCGCAUGGACUUAGACAAAGUGAAUCUGGAGUUAAUCGAGGACCUGCUGGAGUGGAUCGUCAGUGACAAACACUCGUACCCGCCAGGUGCUGUAUUGAUAUUUUUGCCUGGUCUUGCAGAAAUUAAGAUGCUUUAUGAACAGCUACAGUCUAAUGCCCUUUUCAAUAACAGGCACAGUAAACGCUGCGUUGUUUAUCCACUCCAUUCCUCGCUGUCCAGUGAGGAUCAGCAGUUGGUGUUCCUGAAGCCUCCUCUAGGAGUUACCAAGAUCAUCAUAUCUACGAACAUUGCAGAAACAUCCAUCACCAUUGACGAUGUGGUCUAUGUGAUUGAUUCUGGAAAAAUGAAAGAGAAAAGGUACGACCCCAGCAAAGGAAUGGAAAGUCUGGAGGACGCCUUUGUGUCCAAAGCCAACGCCUUGCAAAGGAAAGGCCGAGCCGGGCGUGUCGCCUCUGGCGUCUGCUUUCAUCUCUUCAGCAGCCAUCACUACCAUCACCAGCUCAUCAAGCAGCAGCUACCCGAAAUACAAAGAGUGCCUUUGGAGCAGCUCUGCCUCAGAAUUAAGAUUCUGGAGAUGUUUUCUGCACACGGCCUUCAAUCCGUCUUCUCCCGGCUGAUUGAGCCACCAAAAAUGGAAUCGCUGCGCACCUCGAAGCUGCGCCUGCAGGACUUGGGCGCUUUGACUCCAGAUGAAAAGCUCACCCCUUUGGGGUACCACUUGGCUUCCUUGCCUGUCGACGUACGGAUUGGGAAACUCAUGCUGUUUGGCACCAUUUUCCGGUGUCUGGAUCCUGCGCUAACCAUAGCAGCCAGUCUGGCCUUCAAGUCCCCUUUUGUGUCUCCAUGGGAUAAAAGAGAGGAAGCGAACAAAAAAAAGCUGGAAUUUGCGAUAGAAAACAGUGAUUACCUGGCUCUUCUUCAGGCUUAUAAGGGGUGGCACUUAAGUACAAAAGAGAGUUCUCAUGCCAGCUACAUCUAUUGCAGGGAGAACUUCUUAUCGGGAAGAGUUCUUCAAGAGAUGGCGAGCCUAAAAAGGCAAUUCACAGAGCUGCUGUCUGAUAUUGGAUUUGUGAAGGAGGGGCUAAGAGCCAGGGACAUUGAGAAGAGGUGGUCUCGAGGAGAUGGGGUUUUGGACGCUACUGGAGAAGAGGCAAACGCUAAUGCAGAGAACAUCAAGUUGAUAUCCGCAAUAUUAUGUGCUGCGCUGUAUCCCAAUGUUGUCCAGGUGAAAACCCCAGAGGGGAAGUACCAGAGUACCAGUGCAGGAGCAGUUAAAAUGCACCCAAAGGCAGUGGAGCUGAAGUUUGUUACAAAAAAUGACGGUUACGUUCACGUUCACCCUUCCUCGGUGAAUUAUCAAACGAGGCACUUUAACAGCCCGUACUUGGUGUAUCAUGAGAAGAUCAAAACCAGCCGCGUAUUCAUCCGAGACUGCAGCAUGGUGUCGGUGUACCCCCUGGUCUUGUUUGGAGGAGGGCAGGUCCACAUGCAGCUGCAACGGGGGGAGUUUAUUAUUUCGCUGGAUGAUGGAUGGAUUCGUUUCGCAGCAGCCUCCCACCAGGUGGCGGAGUUGGUGAAAGAACUUCGCUGUGAACUAGACCAAUUACUCCAGGACAAGAUCAAGACGCCCAGCAUGGAUUUAUGCACGUGCCCACGAGGAUCCCGUAUCAUCAGUAUGAUUGUGAAGCUUGUGACCACCCAGUAAUCUGAGAAGCACUUUGAGAGAGACUCGCUGCUAACUAUUGCUUGGAAAUGGACUCUGGUCUCUCAGUGUGCCGCCGAUCCUGGGAGAACUCGGUCAAUGAGCCAUCUUAGCUUUCGGAAACCAGUGAAAGAAACAAACUGAAGCAAAACGAAAGGGUUCUCAGAACAAACUAAGGAACAGGAAGCUAGAGGCUCUUGGGAUAGCAAUAGAAAACGCCAAUCAGAGACGGAAAGCGUAGAAUUCGUUGUAAAAAAAAUGAAUUUUGUUAAGUGCUGGGAAUAUGUUUUAUGUAUUCUCAGUUUUGUCCCAGUUGUAUUUUUCUCCUCUAUAGCACUUUUAAACAACUUUUGUUAGGAAGACCAAGAAAUCAUGUGUUAUGCAGCUUGCCCUGGAAGAAUUAUCUAGGUGCAGAGAGAGAGAGCGAGCGAGCGAGAGCGCAAGUACAUUAGCUGGUCAGGCUUCCCAGAACUUUUCUAAAUUCUGAAUAAACUGUGCGGCCAAGAAUUCCACCUUCCUCAGCCGUUUUGUCUGACAUCUGCACGUGCCCAUCGUUUUAGGAUGCAGCAGGUGUUAAUGAGCUCCACUUAAGGACUAGUACAUGUGCUGGGCAUUAAACGAGGUGAUAGUAA